GAUUUAACCGCUUAAAGGACGUUCCCGCAACACACUUCCCCGUCUCUCUCACUCUAUUUUCCAGACUCCUCCUCCUUCCUCCCAGGAAUAUUCUUUCUUUUUAUUUUUCUUCGAUUCCAUUUUCUCCUUCUUCUCAUUCACUUUAAAAGAAGAAGAAGAAGAAGAAGCAGCAGCAGCAAGAAGUGGAAAAGCAGAGAGUGUGGGGAUACAUCAGAAAUGGCAGGGAACGAUUGGCUGAACAGCUACCUGGAGGCGAUACUCGACGUAGGGCCUGGCCUCGAAGAUUCCAAGUCCUCUCUGCUUCUCAGAGAGAGAGGCAGGUUCAGUCCUACUCGCUACUUCGUCGAAGAGGUCAUCGGCUUCGAUGAGACCGAUCUCUACCGCUCAUGGGUUCGGGCUUCGUCCACCAGGAGUCCUCAGGAGAGGAACACCAGGUUGGAGAACAUGUGCUGGCGGAUUUGGAACCUUGCUCGCCAGAAGAAGCAGCUGGAGAGUGAGGCGGCGCAGAGAGUGAACAAGCGCCGGCUGGAGCGCGAGCGAGGGCGGAGGGAGGCCACCGCGGAUAUGUCGGAGGACUUGUCGGAAGGAGAGAAGGGAGAUCCGGUCAGUGAAGCGUCAGCUCACGGCGACGCGUCUGCUCAUGGCGACGCCAGCAGGGCCAGGCUGCCCAGAAUCAGUUCUGCCGAUGCCAUGGAGACUUGGGCCAACAGUCAGAAAGGGAAGAAGCUCUACAUUGUACUCGUUAGCAUUCAUGGCCUAAUACGAGGUGAGAAUAUGGAGCUAGGACGUGAUUCUGAUACCGGUGGUCAGGUUAAGUAUGUGGUGGAACUAGCGAGGGCAUUGGGGUCAAUGCCAGGAGUUUAUCGGGUUGAUUUGCUAACUAGGCAAGUGGCGGCUAAGGAUGUAGACUGGAGUUAUGCGGAGCCAACAGAAAUGUUGACUCCAAGAGACGCGGAUAAUUAUGGAGAUGACAUGGGAGAGAGUAGUGGCUCUUAUAUUGUUCGUAUUCCCUUUGGUCCGAGAGAUAAAUAUAUUCCGAAAGAACUUCUCUGGCCAUACAUUCCUGAAUUUGUUGACGGAGCACUUAACCACAUUAUACAGAUGUCCAAAUCUCUUGGGGAACAGAUUGGCAGCGGGCAUGCUAUCUGGCCCGUCGCCAUCCAUGGACAUUAUGCAGAUGCAGGUGACUCUGCUGCUCUUUUAUCUGGCGCCUUAAACGUUCCUAUGCUUUUUACUGGGCACUCGCUUGGCCGUGAUAAGUUGGAACAACUUCUAAAGCAAGGUCGACUAUCGAGAGAUGAAAUAAAUGCAACUUACAAGAUCAUGCGUAGAAUAGAAGCUGAGGAGUUAGCCCUUGAUGGCUCUGAAAUAGUCAUUACAAGCACUAGACAGGAAAUAGAAGAACAAUGGCGCUUGUAUGAUGGUUUUGAUCCAGUAUUGGAGCGUAAAAUACGAGCAAGGAUCAGGCGAAAUGUGAGCUGUUAUGGGAGAUUCAUGCCUCGCAUGGCUACAAUUCCACCCGGUAUGGAGUUCCAUCAUAUUGUUCCACAAGAUGGUGAUAUAGAAGGAGAACCAGAAGGGAAUUUGGAUCAUCCUGCUCCUCAAGAUCCACCUAUUUGGUCUGAGAUAAUGCGCUUCUUUACCAACCCUCGCAAGCCUAUGAUACUUGCCCUUGCCAGACCGGACCCUAAAAAGAACAUCACAACUUUGGUAAAAGCAUUUGGGGAAUGUCGUCCUCUUCGAGAGCUUGCCAACCUUACAUUAAUUAUGGGUAACCGAGAUGGAAUUGAUGAGAUGUCUAGCACAAAUGCUUCUGUUCUUCUCUCUGUACUUAAGCUGAUUGACAAGUAUGAUCUGUAUGGGCAAGUAGCAUAUCCUAAACAUCACAGACAAUCUGAGGUUCCUGACAUAUAUCGUCUAGCAGCAAAGACAAAGGGUGUUUUCAUUAAUCCAGCUUUCAUUGAGCCAUUUGGUCUUACCUUAAUUGAGGCAGCUGCUCAUGGUUUACCAACUGUUGCUACUAAAAAUGGAGGUCCUGUUGAUAUUCAUAGGGUACUUGAUAAUGGUCUGCUCAUAGAUCCCCAUGAUCAGCAGUCUAUUGCAGAUGCUCUUUUGAAGCUUGUUAGCAACAAGCAACUUUGGGCAAAAUGUAGACAGAACGGAUUGAAGAAUAUUCAUUUGUUUUCAUGGCCUGAGCACUGUAAAACUUACCUGUCUAAAAUAGCCACUUGCAAACCAAGGCAUCCACAAUGGCAGCGAAGUGAGGAUGGAGGUGAAAGUUCAGAAUCAGAAUCACCAGGUGAUUCCUUGAGAGAUAUACAAGACUUAUCUCUAAACAUGAAGUUUUCGUUGGAUGGUGAGAAAAGUGGGGGCAGUGGAAAUGACAAUUCUUUGGAUUCUGAUGGAAAUGCUGUUGAUAGAAAGACAAAACUAGAGAAUGCUCUUUUGUCAUGGUCAAAGGGAAUCUCUAAGGACGUGCGCAAGGGUGGGGAAAAACCAGAUCAAAAUCCAAAUGCUGGUAAAUUUCCUCCAUUAAGGAGAAGAAAGCAUCUAUUUGUCAUUGCUGUGGAUUGUGAUACUACUUCAGGUCUCCUUGAAACCAUUAAAGUCAUCUUUGAGUCUGCUGGAAAGGAUAGGGCUGAAGGUUCUACAGGGUUCAUAUUGUCAACAUCAUUAACACUAUCCGAGAUACAGUCAUUUCUAAUCUCUGGUGGCUUGAGUCCCAGCGAUUUUGACGCUUAUAUUUGCAACAGUGGCAGCGAUCUCUAUUAUCCAUCCCUCAAUCCUGAAGAUCGCCCAUUUGUGGUUGAUUUGUAUUACCACUCACACAUUGAAUACCGUUGGGGCGGAGAAGGGUUGAGGAAAACAUUAUUGCGUUGGGCUGAUUCAAUCACUGAUAAGAAGGGAGGGAAUAAUGAACAAAUUGUGAGUCCUGCUGAACAGCUUUCUACUGACUACUGUUAUGCUUUCAAAGUGCGAAAGCCAGGAAUGGCCCCCCCUGUGAAAGAGCUUCGUAAGUUAUUAAGGAUCCAAGCUCUGCGUUGCCAUCCGAUAUAUUGCCAAAAUGGGACAAGACUGAACGUAAUUCCAGUGCUGGCAUCUCGUUCCCAAGCUCUCAGAUACCUGUAUGUUCGAUGGGGUUUUGAACUGUCAAAGAUGGUAGUGUUCGCUGGAGAAUGCGGUGACACGGAUUACGAAGGACUUCUGGGAGGCCUACACAAAAGCGUGAUACUAAAGGGAGUGGGAAGCAGUGCAAUCAAUCAACUCCAUAAUAACAGAAACUACCCUCUUUCAGAUGUGAUGCCAUUAGACAGCCCCAACAUCGUGGAGGCAACUGAGGGUAGCAGCGGUGCUGAUAUCCAAGCUUUGAUUGAAAAAGUGGGAUAUCUCUCUGGAUGAAAAAAAUAAAUCAUAAUCGCUUUACUUUUACGCCUCUUCGUGUGUGUGUGUGUGUCUGCUGUGAAACCUACUUCUGAGCGAACAGAGAUAAUCUGAUAUACACAAUGUUCAUAAAGCUUUUUCCCUCCUCUCUCCUCUGCAACUCUAUAUCAUUCUCUCCAUCACAAUUUCCCCGUCAAACGUAUUUCCUCUUACUUUCCAUUUACCUCCGUGUUGGAUCUGUAUCUACAUAUCACAUUUUUAAUAAAGGACACUUCUCAUUCCUCGUGCCCUCUUUCUUUUGUCCAUUUUAUACCGUCCUCUUGCGACUCCUGAUCACAACCUCCCUCUUCAUUCUUCCUGUACUCAGCAUCAUCUUCAUUUCCCUUUCCCUGUUCGGCUAUGCUAUAAUAGGAUCGUAUACAAAUCUAUAAAAAAAGAUUACGAAGUUAAAAAUCAAUAUGAUUCAAGAACCAGGAAUAUAGGGAAUUCAUGUCAGUAAAGAUCGUGGUGCAGACUCCUUUAUGAUUCCAGUGGAACAAGAUGUUGUCUCUAAGGUUUCAAGGACACUUUGCUUUUUUUGACGGGGCUCGAUUUGGUUCCCAAGGUAAGUGGCCCAUUCAUCUGUAAUUCAGUUGUAUUUUCCUUGUUUUAAAGUUUUAUGACGUUUGAUGAAGCUAGAAUAACACCCAAUUUCUUCCGAAAACAAAACCUCCCUUCUUUAUUUGUAGAAGUAACUCAAUAAUAUUUCAAAAUCAGAAAUAUGAGAUGCUUCAGCCA